AUGGAUAACAAGUCUUACCCUGUGAUCCUGACUUUAAUGGUGCCCAAAGACACAAAAUCAUAUAGGCAUGCAUAUUUUAUUUGCUUUCUUGCCUUAUAUGUGCUUAUAUUGUCAAUUAAUAUUCGUCUUGUUAUAGCCAUCAUCAUGGAGAAAUCUCUUCAUGAACCAAUGUACAUAUUUUUGGGUCAUUUGUGUAUAAAUGGGAUUUAUGGAGCCACAGGAUUCUACCCCAAAAUUUUGUCUGAUUUAAUAUUGGAUUCAUAUGUGAUCUCCUUUCAUAUGUGUGCUCUGCAGAUAUUUAUGAUUUACAGCUCUUUACUGUGUGAGUUCACAAUCUUAACAGUGAUGUCUUAUGAUAGAUAUGUAGCCAUAUGUAAACCUUUAGACUAUCAUUCCAGAUUAACUAAAAACACUUGUGUGAAAUUAAUUCUGUUUUCUUGGAUUGUUCCCAUGUUGUCUAGUUUAACCGGCACUCUGUUAUCAAAUUUAAGACAACUUUGUACCUAUCACAUUGAUAAAUUAUAUUGUGACAACUGGUCAGUUGUAAAACUCUCUUGUGGUUCUACUUUUGUUAAUAAUGUCUAUGGAUAUAUUGUUGCUGUUAUAUUUGUUAGCUUUGCAAUUGUUAUCAUAUUGUCCUAUAUAAAACUGAUCGCUGCAUGUAAAAUAUCUUUAGAAAACAGAAGGAAAUUCUGGAAAACAUGUCUGCCACAUAUAUUUUCACUGAUAAAUUUAACUUCUGCUUUUCUUUUUGAUUUUAUGUAUAGCAGAUAUGGUUCAAAUGACAUUUCAGAGGGUUUGCGUAAUUUUUUGGCUCUAGAACUGGUGAUAGUCCCACCUGUGUUCAAUCCUCUUAUCUAUGGGUUAAAUAUUAGAGCAGUGCGCAAAAGUGUUUUUACUUUAUGUGUUGCAUCAAAAACUCUGAGUACUAAAAGAACACGGUCAGAAUCAGAUGACUCGCUGGCUGACACCCCACCAAGCCAGAAUGAUAUCUCUGCAGGUCAGACGCAAGCUAAUGAGUCACUUUUUGAUCAUUAA